GCGCGCGGUUAACAAUUGCAGCAAAUUUUGCAAAACAAGACGAAUUAAUCAUCGAAUUUGAAAAUCUUUCUCUCUCGAUCUCGAUGUCGCUGCAAACUCUGAAGGAAUUAACACUGAGACACUGCUCAACCCAACAAUCAUCAUCACAAUCCCUUCUCCGCGAUUUCGAUUCACACCUCCCAAUCAACAGAAAACCCCAAUCCUCUCUUGCCCAUCACCUUCGUCUCCUUGAUGACCCUGACGACCCACCUUUUCAGCCCCACGAUUUCCUUUCCCAACAACAAGAAUUAAAACUAGAUGAUGAAGAAGAAGAAGAGGAAGAGCCAGAGAUAAAGUGUGUGCCUGUGAAAUUUACUUCUGUUAAAUCCUCUCAGAUUCAAUUCGAUCAUACUGGACCCUUUGAGCCUUUGCUUUUGUCUUCUGACGGUGAACUUCCUUUGGUUCAGGUUCCUGCAUCUAUAAACUGUAGACUGCUUGAGCAUCAGAGAGUGGGAGUGAAGUUUCUGUAUGAUUUGUACAAGAAUAAUAAGGGAGGCAUCCUUGGAGAUGACAUGGGUCUUGGAAAGACCAUUCAAACAAUAGCAUUUCUUGCUGCCAUAUUUGGUAAAGAAGGAGACUCCAUUCUUAGUGAGACGCGAGUUGAGAAAAGAGACCCUGUAUUAAUAAUUUGCCCAUCAUCCAUUAUUCAAAACUGGGAGAGUGAAUUCUCUAAGUGGUCCAACUUCAGCGUUGCCAUUUAUCACGGCGCAAACCGGGAUUUGAUAUAUGAUAAAUUGGAAGCAAAUGGAGUGGAGGUACUUAUUACCAGUUUUGACACUUACAGGAUUCACGGAAACAGUUCCUUGUCAGAUAUACAGUGGAACACUGUGAUUAUUGAUGAGGCUCAUCGGCUUAAGAAUGAGAAAUCAAAACUCUAUAAAGCAUGUUUAGAAAUUAAAACCCUGCGACGAUAUGGUCUUACCGGGACCGUAAUGCAAAAUAAGAUCUUAGAAUUGUUCAAUAUCUUUGAUUUAGUUGCACCUGGAUCCCUUGGAACGCGUGAACACUUCCGUGAGUUUUAUGAUGAACCCCUUAAACAUGGUCAGAGGUCAACUGCUCCUGAUAGAUUUGUCCAAAUUGCUAAUAAGAGAAAACAACACCUUGUAUCAGUUCUUAAUAAAUAUAUGUUGAGAAGGACAAAGGAAGAGACCAUAGGGCAUCUUAUGAUGGGGAAGGAAGAUAACAUUGUUUUUUGUGCAAUGAGUGAUUUGCAAAAACGCAUUUAUAGGAGAAUGAUCCAGCUUCCUGACAUUCAGUGCCUUAUAAACAAGGACCUACCUUGUAGUUGUGGUAGCCCUCUCACUCAAGUUGAAUGUUGCAAAAGGACUGUACCAGAUGGAGCUAUUUGGCCUUACCUUCACAAAGAUAACCUCGAUGAUGGAUGUGACUCAUGCCCCUAUUGUAUUGUCCUUCCAUGCCUUGUCAAGCUACAACAGAUAAGCAAUCACCUUGAGCUGAUUAAGCCAAACCCCAAAGAUGACCCUGACAAACAAGUUAAAGAUGCAAAGUUUGCUGCUGCUGUCUAUGGCCCAGACAUUGACUUAGUUGGUGGGAGCAUGCAGAAUGAGAGUUUCCUGGGUCUAAGUGAUGCAGAACAUUGUGGCAAAAUGCGAGCACUUGAAAAGCUAUUGUUGUCAUGGUUUUCACAUGGCGACAAAGUUCUUUUGUUUAGCUAUUCUGUAAGGAUGCUGGACAUACUGGAGAAAUUUAUCAUAAGAAAAGGCUACUGCUUCUCAAGACUUGAUGGGUCCACUCCAACUAAUUUACGUCAGUCUCUGGUUGAUGAUUUCAACUCUAGUCCAAGCAAACAAGUGUUCCUGAUAUCAACUCGUGCUGGUGGGCUCGGAUUGAACCUUGUCAGUGCGAACCGUGUCGUAAUAUUUGAUCCCAACUGGAAUCCCUCACAAGACUUACAGGCUCAGGACAGGUCCUUUCGAUAUGGACAGAAACGGCAUGUUGUGGUAUUCCGUCUUCUCUCAGCUGGUUCACUUGAAGAACUAGUUUAUUCUCGUCAGGUGUACAAGCAGCAGCUCUCAAACAUUGCUGUCUCUGGGAAGAUGGAAAAACGAUAUUUUGAAGGUGUCCAGGAUUGCAAAGCAUUUCAAGGGGAGCUUUUUGGAAUCUGCAAUUUAUUUCGAGAUUUAUCUGAUAAACUAUUUACCAGUGAGAUCGUUGAAUCGCAUGAGACGAAUAAAAAAGACGGGCUUGAAACAGAACAGCAGAAAAAAACAUAUAUUUCAGAAGAAACAAAUUUGUUAGUAUCAGAGUCGGAAACCAGGUCAUGUUCUGAAUCUGUGAGGACUACAAGUAAACCAGAUAUUGAAUUUGAAGACGUCGGCAUUGUCUACGCUCAUCGCAAUGAAGACAUUGUCAACUCCCGACCAGUGAUUCAAAGGCAGUUAUCUACCAGCAGCACCUCUUCAAGCGACGGCCAAAGCGAGCCAAGCAGCACUUUAGUCCAUGAAAGGAAGAAAUCAGAUUGUGUACCUAAAAAACAGAAAAUUCUUUUGAUCGAUGAAAGGAAGAGAGCCCAAUUUAGCCUGCUCGCUGAGAGUAUGGGCAUGGAAGACCUUGCAUUUAGCAAAUGGUUGCUAUCCGCCACUCCAGUAGAGAGAGAAAAGGUGCUUAUAGACUACAAAAGGAAAAAGCUUAAAGGUUGAGUAGUGGUUAUCAUAGAUGACAAAACAAAUGCAAACAAUAGAAAAUUGUGUAAAUGUGAAAUGUGUAGAUAUUCAAUUUUUCCUUGUACAAAUUGAAUUAGUUAGAUCUGUGAGCAUAGCUCAGUUGGCAAGCAGGGGUUGGGGUUCGAACCCCAGACACCCCACUUAUUCACCUUAGAAGGUGAAUUCUAGCCACUAGGCUACCUGACCAAAAAAAAAAAGAUAUAGCUUGUCUUCCAAACAUUAUAACUUUUAUUUUUGAUGAAUCGUAAUGUUUCGUUUUUUUAGGUUCUGAAUCGUAAUGUUUCUUACAUCUGCAUAUUAGGCUCAAAGAUUAGUAUUCUCACACGAAAAAAUUAUUUAAAUGCUUCUGUUUAUAACAUUUUAUGAUCAAAAUUCAA